AUGAGUGCUGAAGAAGACCAAGAACCUCAAUUCAGGCAGGAAGACCAUCAGGCUGCCUUCAUCUUCCGGCCCCCUGGUGAGGAAGCUAGAGUGGACCGACCCGCCAAACGGCGCCGUUUGUCCAACAAGGCUGUUGUCGAAAAGGCGACUAUCGCAACCUCUUCCUCGUUUGUGCCUCUAUUGAACGGCGAAGAGCUGCCCGAGUGCGUAGCGCUCCGCGAGAAGCAAUUCCAAACGAGCUGGGACCGGCUUGAGUCCAAAGCCCAUUCUGGUUCACAGAGCAAAAUCCCGACUGCCUUUAUCAUCACAGGCCCGAACAUCUCAUCUCAGGACCUAUUGUUUGAACAAUUGUCUGAAACACUUGAGGAGAACACGCGGAGCAAGUUCGUCAGGCUCAAGUCAUCGGAAGCGUCCAAUUUGAAGGCUGCUCUCAAGAAGAUCAUUGAGGAUGCCACGUCCCGAGGAUCUCCAGAUGACGACGAUGUCGAAAUUGCAUCCGGACAAGAUGGCCGGAAGUAUCUAAACUACGACCUCGAGGGUCUGUACGCGUUCUCAACAGCACAGAAAUGCGAUCACAUUUUUGUCUCUUUCCAGGAUAGCGAAGGAUUCGACAGCGCUCUUCUUUCCGAUUUGAUCAUCCUCUUCAAUUCCUGGAGACCCAAGAUCCCAUUCACGCUUUUAUUUGGCAUCGCAACAUCAGUAGAACUGCUGCAGGCACGAUUACUCAAAUCCGCUUGCCAACAUCUUUAUGGUGCUCAGUUCGACGUUGUACAAACUGGAGCAAUUUUGGAACAGAUCUUCAAGCCGGCCAUUGCGGGAUCGGACGCUGCUCUGACUUUGGGAGAGAAUUUGUUGCAGAGUUUCGUGGAAAGACAGCAAGACCAGGUCGCCAGCAUUCAGUCUUUUAUCGCAUCAAUCAAGUACGCGUACAUGUGCCACUUUUAUGCAAAUCCGUUGAGUGUCUUUGCUGUGGAAGACGAUGAAAUGAACAGCGAACUGGUUCAGGACGUACAUAUCGAGUCAAUCCGGUCGCUUCCUUCAUUUCGGCGCGAGGUUGAGAAGGCCGUUGAAGCGAAGGAUCUGAGAUUAGCGAGGUCUUUGUUGGAGGACGAUGACCUGCUGCGCGAAAAGAUUUUCGACAUUCCAGAGAAAAAACGGGAAUGGGUCACCCGCCUUCUCCGCUCGCUCAAGCUCGUCCAGGCAACGGGAGUCGUUCAAGAUAACUUUUCCUCAAUGUACAUGAAAGCAGUGGCCGAGGGAAUUUCCCCUUCGUCCGAUGGCUGGGACAUUGUCGAAAGCAUCAAGCGGAUGCAACCGGAUGACUUUGUCUCGAUGCUGCAACGUGUUCAAGACGCCGUGGCCAGCGGAGAUGCCCAGCUGUGUCUCACCGGAUGGGAGUCCGAGGCCGGGGACCUCCCUUCUGUUGUAGAAAGCCUUCUCCGCGACUCAAAGGGGCUGCUCGGUAGAGCGAAAGAGGACGGUAGCACUUUGCGGAGCGCUUAUAGUGGCCACAGCCGAGUCCUUCGCACCACCGUUGUUGCGCAAAAGGUGCAGCUCAGCCACGAUUCGGCAGCCCUUUCCGAAGACGAUAAAGCCUUCACCGAAAUCGUGGACCGUGUCGGGGAAGUAUUCCAAGACGUCAUACACUGCGAACCGGCCGCAGAGAUUUUCCUGCACGAGACAUGGCUCUACGAUUCCAAGACACCGUACCGCGACGUUUUCGUACCCCGACCCCAGGAUGUCUUUGAGCGGAGCCUGAAGCGACCGCAAGACUACCUCGCAUGUUCGUGCUGCAGCACCGACGAGGGCAUCUCCACGACGAUGCCCGUCACGUCGCUGUUGUAUCAUUUGUAUUUGGAGACUGGUAACCUCAUCAACGUCGCAGAUCUAUGGGCCGCCUUCUACGCCAUGGUUGCCGGCGAUACAGAGAGCGAAGGGAACGCCGACGAGCGGGGGGCGCUGGUAUCCUUUUACCGGGGCCUGGCGGAGCUAAAAGCACUCGGCUUUGUCAAGAUGAGCAGGAAGAAGACGGACCACAUUGCCAAGCUCAAGUGGCUUUAG